AACGGCGCCGCUUUCUCUUCCCGAUCGAGGGUUUUCAAAGGGCGUGUAUUUUGCUCUUUUUUGACAUUCAUAUUUUGAUUAACUAUAUCUGCAAUUCAUUAUAUAACCAGCGUUGGGCUUAAGUAUAAUUUUACAUGCAACGGACUGUAAAAAGAGAUAACUAUCAAACGACACGAUGAGGUUUAAGGAGGGAGAUAAAGUAAUGGCAAGAUGGCCAGGCAGUUCGUUGUAUUUUCACGCCACCAUAAAAAAGAUUAAUGAGGACGAUGAUUCCGCCGAGGUUCUGUAUGAAGAUGGAACCGAAAUGGAUAUUCCUCUAAACUAUCUGGCGAACGAAUCUGCAUUUAGGAGAAAAUCCAAGUCUCCAUCAAGAGGUCGUCGAUCGAGAUCCAGGUCUCCUGCACGCAGUCCUGCCAGAAAGCCGAGACAAAAAGCUGCAACUUCUGAGAAGAAAAAAGUUACUCGUCGUAUUAACAAGUCCCUUUCAACUACUACAUCUUCAUCCUCUGAUGAAACGAAAGUCAAUUUAUCUCCUUCCAGAGUGACUUUGAUUAGAAGUGACAGAAUGAGAACAACUGAACAAAAGGGUGAAGAAGUCAGAAAGGUUACGACCAGAAGCUACCAAUCCAAAAUUACGCUGGAAAAACUUGACAACAACGACGAAGCAAAACAACGAGCUGACACAGCAGUUUUGGAAGCAAGGAAAACAAUUGAAUCUGUCAAGAAACAGAUUCGACAUGAAUAUGAGUUUGGAGGACCGUUCGGAAUUUUGUUCCAGUAUCUGUUUACUCCACUUGCAAUCAUUGCAUUGUUAUCAUGCUGUUCCUACAACAAAUGUGAAUUGUAUACGUUCUCACUGACCAAAAUACCCCAAACUCUGAAGGCAUACUACGAUCCAACUGCCAUUCUGAUCGUUGUCGAGUACUUUUUAUUUCAUGCCUUCGUAUACUCUCUACCUCUCGGACAAAUUGUUGAAGGACCAAGGACAUAUUCUGGAAGCAAGACGGAAUAUAGGAUUAGUGCUUUCUACACUCUCCUGCUCACAAUUCUAGGAUAUUCAGCACUGCUGUAUUUUAGGUAUCCUGUCACAAUCAUCUAUGAUAAAUUGCUGCCUAUUGCCACCACUUCAAUUGUAUUUUGCUAUGUUUUCAACAUAUUGAUCCAUUUCAAGUCAUACUUUGCCAGUGAAUCUGAAUUGAAUCCUCGAGCGAACACAGGAUGCACGAUAUACGAUGUGUUCAUGGGACGAGAAUUGCAUCCUAGAUUUGGAAGAUAUUAUCAACUGAAACUUCUCGUCUACAGACCUGGAGUUACUGCAUGGAUUCUGAUGAAUCUCAUAUACUUACAAAAAGAGCUUGCACAAAGCGGAACAAUUCGACCAUCAUUGGCUGUCGUCUCUGGUUUUCAGAUCUUCUAUUGCGUCUUUGUUUUCUUCUGGGAUGAGGCACAAACAAUCUACACUUUUGACAUCAAGUACGAAGGCCUAGGUUUCCAAACAUUGAUUGGCAACCUUGUGAUUGUUCCGUACAUUUAUACAAUGCAUGCUCGAUACCUUGUUGAACAUCCAAAAGCUUCCCUCAUACCAACACCUAUAUUGGUUACUGCUGUUGCUCUAUUAGUUCUCGGCGUUGCUCUUGUUCUGCUUUCAGGAUACCAGAAGACUUAUUUCAGGCAAAACCCAUACGACCCAAGUCUGUCAGCACUGGAGAGCAUCCCGCCAUACAGGAAAGGAGGUAGAAGACUGAUUGUAUCCGGGUACUGGGGGUUUGUCAGGCACCCAAAUUAUUUGGGAGAAAUUCUCCUCGGUAUUGGAUAUGGGCUGAUGUGUGGUUUUUCGGAUGUCUUUCCAUGGAUAUACGCCAUCUUCGUGUUCGGCCUUCUAUCUCAUCGUGCUCUACGUGACGAAGUCAGAUGUCAAGAAGUUCAUGGUCGUGCAUGGGAUGAAUACUGUAGGAGAGUUCCCUACCGCAUUGUGCCAUACGUGUUUUAACCUUCAAGUGACAUAAUAUGUUAUGUCGACAAAGUUCCUCAAAUUUUUGAGAAUGAUAUGAAUGUUUGCUCAGAAGGUGUUUUUGCCUUUCACUGACUGAUUGGUAUAGGAUUUUUUAGCGGAAUAUGUCGUAAAGGUUUUUCUUCAUUAUUGAAGGUUAUUAUUUGUGGAAUUGUUGGGAGCAUAGCUUGUUUUAGUUCGCCAAGAAUUAAAACAUUCUGAAUUUAUUUUUCAUCAAGAGACGACUAUUCAGUGAAAUACAUUUUUCUGAAAUUAAAGUGAUUUUCUGCAAUUUUAGUUUGCAGUUGUUUAUUGAUGUAUUGUGCCGUGAACAAUUUUUGUUUAGUUUUAAAGAAAAUGAAUUGGCUACUUUUGAUACAAAACUACUAUAUGUUAUAUUGUCUAUAUUUGCAUUCUAUUCAGUGAAGUCAAUAUUUCUAUUUUAGUAUGAUUUUCAUCCAUUUAGAUAGGUCAUUCCGUACUUAGGGUCUUUUCAUUGAUAUAUUUUGCUACCCGACACAUAACGAGACCAUGGCAUUUUAUUUUUCUGUUGUGUUUAGAUCAUUCCAAAGUUGCAUACUUGUGAUUGAAUUAGUUUUCAAACAUACUGCUUUCAUGUUCUGUUUCUUGGGUUUAACCACUGAUGUAGCAAUAUCACAAUUUUGGUUAUAUCAGUCAAUCUUGUAUUGCUAUAGGUGAAUAUCUUUAGAAACUGAUGUUUUUGUGAAAAGUGCAAAGGCGCUGCUGACCCAGUACUUCAAUUAUAUAGAUACCAAAGAUCACCAAUGGAUAAACGUUAAAAAUGAUGUUGAAAAUUUUGACACAUUUAGGGAUGAUCAGAAUAUUUUUCAUACAUUUCCGAUUUUAGCUUCAAUUACUACCUAUCUCCCUUGAAAUGUUUGCGCAUUAGAAUUUUGUUCAUACAAGUUCAUUUAAAGAUGCAAUUUUGCUAGGAUUAGUUUUUUUUUCACGGCAAUCAUUAACAGACCAAUGAGUCAACCCCAUUUGUACUAAGGAUUCAAUAUUUACUUGGCUUUAACUCACCUUGUCCACAAAAAUUUAUUGGAGACAAAUUUCAAAUUGUUUCGUCAAAUAAUCAUGUUAAUGCUAUUUUUUAACUUGAUAUCUUUUGCUAAUAUAUUUUCUUGAAAGAUCCUAAUAACCCUAUAUUUGAUAUGUCUUCUUGUGAAGACUGUAAAUUUGUUUUAAGUGAUUGAAAUAAAGCUGUGUUUCAACUUUAAACCAUACCAAACUUAUUCCCUUUUUCACAUUUUGUUAUUUGUUCAUUUUUGGUUGGGUUGGCAAGUUUUUUGAAUCACUAGAUUUUUGAACACCUGCCCUCAUUUGCAUCUAUGUGUAUGGAAAUGCGGCCUAAUCUUAGUUAGUAAAUCAUUAUCCAGACCUUAACAUUUAUUGAAAUAAUCGCACAUGGACCAAAAUUUUCAAUAAAUGUUAAUGCAAACUUUAAAAAAUUUAUUGUGAUUUGCAUUUUAUUGAAAUUUUGUACUACCUGACAUUCAUCGAAAUGGGCCAUGGAUACGAUUUUUAUACUAUAGAUUACUUAGAUAAUAGUUUUAGAAUUAAUUGUGAGGUUUAAAUUUUUUUUUCACACUGCCUUUGAGAUAAACAUGUUAGUUAGAACAUAUCAUCUUUAUCAGUUCAUAACCUUUCGAACAUUCUUUAGUCAGACUCAUUACAAAAAAAGAUGCAAAACUAACUUGGUAAUUACAUUGAAAUAGGUUAUUUAUCAAAAUAAUUUUUUUUUUGUUUAGUGCACAAUAAAUAACAUGUUGCUAAGACUGAGGUUUCCUUGGUUUCAAUCCAAGACGAUUAAUCAUCUUGUAAUAAACUGCCUAGGAGUUGACGGUGUUUUUCAGCAUACUACGUCAAUGAUUGGGAAAACUCAGUUUAAACAUUGGUCUCAUAUGAUAGCCUUAUUCAAGCUGUUUCGCGGGCGGGAAGGGGCUAUAUUCACUUGGCUAACACAAACAGUUCCAUACUCGUAAUAGAACUAAAAUAAUAAAAAAAAUCGGAAUAAAAUUACGCCCUAACCUGGUACACACACAUCGGGAGUACCUUAUUUUGUACAUAUUUUUGUCAACCAUGCUGUUGUUUAUAAUGUUAGCCAGAUAUGCUAUGAAUUCAAACAAAAUCUGAAUAUUUGACCAAUAUAACUUUUGCCGACUGCGUUAUUGAUUAGAUUUAGUAAUCGCAAAUAAUCUUUGAGUUGGAGUUUUGAAAAUUUUAUAAAUUGAGUAAAAAACUAUUUGUGAUGAUACAUUUGUAAAUAAAAGUAUUUCAUAAAUUU